UGAAUGCAGAUGCGUCAACAGUGGCACGUCACUAUCUCAGUUGCAAGAUGGCGAACGUGCGGGAUAGUGACACAUCCUUGUGGCUCCAUAAUAAACUCGGAACAUCGAACGAUUCCUGGACAACUGGUUCAAUUUGUACACAAUUAAAUGCUGAAGUGUUAAAGAAUAUUAAGGAUUGUUUUCCAGAUUUGCAAACACAAGUGAAACUAAAAUUAUUGUUGAGUUUCUUUCAUAUCCCGCGCAGAAAUGUUGAAGAGUGGAGAAAUGAAUUGGAAGAGAUUAUUGAAGUGGCAGCGGUGGACUCGGACCUCUGGGUCGCCAUGCUGGCUGAGGUCCUCAAAACAUUCCCGUCACAGGGCACCCUUAACACCGAGAUAGCAGAGUUCGACGAAACUCGGCCGAUAUUCAGUGACAUGAUCGGGGAGCUCCGGAAAGCCCUGGCUAAGCAUUCGGAACUGGGAUUGUUGCCAUUAGAGUGCCUAUAUUUGAAUAAGAAUGCCUUAGUAUCUGUGGUUGGCCAGCAAGCAAACCCAGUAAAACACUUCACACUAAAACGCAAACCCAAGUCCGUGGCGCUCCGGAGCGAACUACUAGCCAAGGCGGCCGAGGUGCAAGCCAACCAGAAGAAGGCUCAAGCCCCCACCGUGCCCGUCCGGAGCCGUGGCAUGCCAAGGAAGAUGACUGAUACUACCCCACUGAAAGGUCUGCCGUCCCGCUGGGCGGCGCGCUCGGGCGUGGGGGGUGCGGGGGGUGUGGGGGGUGUGGGGGGCCGCGCGGCGCCCGCCGUGGCGCGCCUGCCGCCCCGCAGCGCCGGCAUCAAGCUGCUGGACAUCGCCGACCAGCCUAUCGCUCAUGCCCAUGCUAAACGGAGACGCAAGAACGAGUUGGAAGAGGCGUCCUCGAACAAGAAGCCGGCGCCGGCGCCCGCGCCCGCGCCCGCGCCCGCGCCCGCGCCGCCGUCGCCGCCGCCGGACUACGCGCGCGGACUCAACAACUACCAGAUGCCCAAGCAGGAGGACAACCCUACCGCUGGUCCGGCGGAGGCUGCUGCGGGCUCCCCCCCUCCCCCGCGCGCGUCCCCCCCCCCCUCCCCCUCCCGCGCCCCACCCCGCGGCCGCCGCCGAGCGCGCGCCGCCGCACCCGCCCAGCCCCAUGGUACCGGUGCGAAACCGAUCGUAAUCGGUCAACAAGGCAAACUAUUGAUAGCGGGACAAGGCGGAACGAAGCCAUUACUGCUGUCGGCGCCUACUCUCCUCAAUACAUCAGCUGUGCUACUGCAACCUGGAGGCAAGGCUGUGCUACUGCAGAACAUCAAACCGGUGACGCAGACCGUGGUGCAGGCGGCGCGGCCCGCGCUGCAGGUGGCGCCGCAGCCGCAGCCGCAGCCGCAGCCGCAGCCGCAACCGCAACCCGUCGUGCAGGUGGCGGACGGCGUGGCGGCGGCGCCCGCGCAGCCGCUGCUGCCGCGUAGGGGGCUGUCGCUCACGCGUGAACAAAUGCUGGAAGCGCAAGAUAUGUUCCGCAACGCCAACAGAGUCACGCGGCCCGAGAAGGCGCUCAUACUUGGUUUCAUGGCUGGCUCCAGAGAUAACCCCUGUCCGAACCUAGGCAACAUAGUGACAAUAAAACUGUCGGAGAACAUCGAAAACGUGCUGCAGUCAGACGACACCUACCUCACGAUGCUCUCCGAGAUGCACUUCCAGAUGAACUACAACAACGGGCAGUGGACGCGCCUCAAGAAGUACCGCCACAUCGACGGCAUGCUGCCGCAGAAGAUCCCGCCCGGCUCCACCGUCAUCGCGGCCAACAACCAGCAGCCCGCCGUCUCCAUACCCAACCAGAGCGUCAGUUAAGAUUAGCUGGCUCCACCGUCAUCGCGGCCAACAA